CACUGAACACACGGUACAAUCUCAGAGCAAGAGGACUCAACAUUAACAUCGACUGAAGAUGCUGUGCUCCCGAGUAUUCCAGUCUUCCCUCAGCCCAUUGAUGGACUUCUACUGGCCUGUGUGCAGUCUUUGGCCAGAGGUCCAACCUCUUUUCUGCCAGCGGUAUUUACUGCUGAGAAACAUGCUGGAGAUCAAGAGCAGUCUGGAGCUAAUGGAGAAACAUCAGCAGAACAUCUUUGGAGAGAUGGACCAUGUCCGAGCCUCUGUGGUCAUCCAACCAGUCUCCUACACGCUGGAGAAAGAGAGAGAGGGUUUUGCCCUGGAUACUAAAGACUUCUCCCCAGAGGAGUGGUCUGUCAAGCAGGUGGGCAGGAAGCUGAGAGUCAGUGGGAAGACAGAGAAGAGGCAGGAUGAUGGGGAAGGCUCUUACUCUUCCAGAUGCCAGGAGUUCAGACAGGAAUUUGAUCUGCCUGAUGGGGUGAAUCCUGAGACUGUCACCUGCUCCCUGGAUCAUGAUGGGAAGCUCCACAUCGAGGCUCGAAAGAAUCCAUCAUCUGCUGAGGAGGUGGCUGAGAGAGUGGUGCCCAUCAACUGUAGCCUGGAUGUGAAGAUGCCACAAUUCCUCAGCUCACAGACAGAGGGCAGCAACAUAGACACUCAGAGGAAUCAAUAUCUCAACAAAAAGUUGAUAGCCUAA